GUUUGCUUACUUUCAGUUUCACAGUGCAAGGGUUCCUCCACAGUGAGGAGACGUCAAACGUAAUGCAUUCUUUCUCUCUCUCUCUCUCUCUCAUUGGGUUGAUAAGUGCUAGAGCCAACGCAACCGUGUGAAUUUUCAGUUUUACACAGCCACCAUGGAGGAGGACGCGGGACAAUCUAUCCCAUUCAAGUACCCCGCCUCUGACUUCUUGUUGACUGUCGGAGGUAUGUUGUUUUUUCUCCUGGAUGUGGUACUAGACGUGUGGGCGGUGGUGACUUUCUAUCAACAAGAGGCCUACGUGUUCAUGGGACUGCUGAUGUUUCUACUACUAGGCUCCUCAGCCCUGGUCCAGGCUUUCAGCUGGCUGUGGUACCACUAUGACAAGGACAGCACUGAGACCAGGACAGAGAGCCUUGUGAAAAGCCUUCACUCACUCAAGAUCCUUCAUGUGUUCCAGAUGGGAGUCUACCUCAGAUAUGCUGGUCUUGUGAGGAUCUCGAUAUGUGGCUUCUGCUGUAGAAAGCGUUACAUGGAGGGCAACGCCGUGUAUCUGACCCAUGACCUUAGCCUGCUGCGCCUCAUCGAGACCUUCUCUGAGAGCGCGCCACAGCUUGUCCUCAUGAUUACCAUCAUCAUCCAGAGGGGAGAGGUGGAGCCCAUUACAAUCUUGAAGGCACUUGGUUCAGUGUCUGCCAUCGCCGUCAGCGUGACCAUGUAUCACCGCUCCCUGCGUUCCUUCCUCCCAGACAAGGCCAAGCAGGGCUGGGGCUCCUCAGUGGUCUACUUCCUGUGGAACCUGCUCCUGAUUGGUCCACGUGUGGCAGCAGUCGCCCUCUUUGCUUCGGUCUUCCCCUGCUUCAUCGCUGCCCACUUCCUGUCUUCCUGGAUGGUUCUAUUUUUUGUCGCCUGGCAACUGAAGACAAACUUCAUGGACAGCGGCGGCGGAGAAUGGCUCUACCGGGCCACCGUAGGUCUCAUCUGGUACUUUAGCUGGUUCAGCAUAGUGGAGGGGCACACCAGGCAGCGGAGCACCAUCUACCACACCUGGAUAGGAGUGGAUAUUGGGAUGCUUUGUGGUUUUUGGGUGUGGCAGAUGAUGAAGAACCCUCCAAAUCUUGAACUGCCACUAGAUCCCUAUGUCAUCUUUGUCAUUAUGAUCUCACUCUACAUAGCUGGACUCUGUCUCAAGGUGACAUACUACAAGUUCUGUCACCCAAAGAUUACAAAGCAGGAAGAAGUUGAGUGUCAUCUCGAGCUGAUGUCGGAGUCUGUGGUGGUCCCCCCAAAUGGGGAAGAUGUGGUUGACUUUAGGUUUAUGGGUCAUACAGAGCGUCCAGAACCGUCCGUCAGGGUCAAUAAAAGGAUGAGGAAUUUAGCUGGUAAUUUUUACUCUUAAUCCAGAUUAUCAGAUGGCUCCUACGCAUUGAGAAGACUGUAUGGGCUUGUUCAACAUUGCAGCCGAUAACCCAGCCAGGCAACUGCCAACGGACUGAUCUACAAAUGACCUUGGCUCAUAAAUAACUACUCAUUAUUUGUUGAUCAGUCACAAUUUAAACACACAAUGAGUGAAAGGUCUGUCUGUUUUCAAAUCCAUCCUUGUACUUGAUUGAUGAAUUCAUGUCAGUAAUUAGUAGGGAACUCCCCUCACCUGGUUGUCUAGGUCUUCAGGGAAAGGGAAAAACCAAAAACCCACACUCAGCUCUCCGUGGAAUGAGUUUUACACCCCUGCCCUACUUAAACGAACCAGCUCUACAGCUUGAAACACUGAGAAAUGUUGACGCUUUCAUUAAAAUGACUGGAAUGAUUUGUUCUAUGAAGACGAGGAUGGCGAUAUGAGACAGUCCUGUUUGGCACAGUGCAUUUCUAAAUAUGAAGGUAAACAGUGCAUUUCUAAAUAUGAAAGUAAACAUUAUAGUAAUGUUUAUCAUGGUCAUGAACUUGUCUCAUUAAUGUGACCUUGUGAGUACAGCUAAUCAGGGUUACUUAUUGACAGUGGUGGAACAAAAUAAUAAAUUGACAUACUUUAGACUUUAAUAAACGUAAAGAUACUUUUACUUUAGUAAUUUUCACCCAGUAAAAUACUACUUCAGUAACUCUAGAAGUAUUUGGUUUGAAAUAUACCUAAGUAUCCAAAGAAAAUGGAAUUGCUAAAAUAUAGUUAAGUCAAAAGUAGUUCAUUAUUAAGCAAACCAAACAAU